UGUAAUAUGAUCUUUAUAUUACGUUACCUCCUUUAGAUUUAUUAGAACGACACGAAAUUUGCUAUUAAACAUUUUAGCCUUACAGCAACUUACUUUACUGUGAAGAUGCCGCGAUCGUCUACUAACCACAAAAACCUCUGCAAAGCAAUGGCAGUUCCCCGGGCUCGUAUUAUAAUCGGCAAUCUGAAGAAAGAAAAUGCGUUUUUGUUGAAGACUUUAAAUGAGUUGGCUCGGCAUCACAAUGACCACAACAGGAUCAUAGAGAAAUUUCUUGCCCUAGUACACUACCGCCCAUCAUCCCAAGAGUUUGAAGAAGAGGGUUCAAAAUGUGUGUCAGCAUUGGUGCCAGAGGAGCAGAGGGGCCAUGAAGAACACCAGCGCAAUCAGGUGAACAUGACAAGAGUGACCUGUUACGCCAAUGAAAUAGAGGAGAUAAAGGACCAGCUUGUAAACAUCUCAGCCAGAUGUCAGUAUCUGGAGAACAACACUGCAAAGAAACAGGAAACUGCCAUUGAUGUACAGGGUGAAAAUGCCACGAUAAAUGAGCUCCAACUCAGCCUCAAUUAUGUCCUUGAGAAGAAUAAGCAGUGGGUAGAGUAUGACCAGCAGAGGGAGCACUAUGUGAAGUCCAUAAUAACCAGAAUGUCAUUCCUGGAGAAACAUCUGCAGGAAGUCUCUGAGGCCCGGGUCACUGAGCGUAAAGAGUUUCUAUCACAUGAAAACAAGAAACUCAAAAAGAUGGAGCAGUAUUACGAAGGCCUUAUGCACAAUGCCAGUCAGGAGAAAGCCGUACUCAGAGAACACGUGUGUCUCCUCCAGAAUGCCCUGACCGAGGCCAAGAGAGAGUGCAGAGAAAAGCAGUGUGAACUCGAAGAGCAGUUGCAGAGAGACAGGGAGACAGAGAACGUUGCAGACAUCAGGAGGGGGAACGAGGAGCAGUAUCUGACCACAGAGGCUGAAGAUCUCCAGGCUGACACUGUGGCUCCAAACUCAGCUCUGCCCUUAGACCGCCCCCCUCUCCCUCCAAAAACCCGCCCCUCCCUCUCCCCUCGUAAGAGUGUGCUGGACGAGAGCGUCAUGGAGUGUCCCAUGUGCCAUGCCAUCUAUCCUGCCAGUCUAUACAACGAGCUCAUCAAACAUCUGGACUACUGCCAGAUCUGA